UCACUCAACUUAUUGUCAGAGAGCGACUGGUGUUUUAUUUCAGAAGACUGCAGUCAGAGGAGGAAACACUUCAACCUCUCAAGGUUGAAAUGGACCAAAUACAAAAGUCACAGGUAAAAGGGACUCUGAUGAACCUUGGUAUGACUCAGGCCAAACCUCAGGAGAGGGAGCAGUGGGGCAGUAAGAUCGAGUUCAUCUUGGCAGUGGCCGGACACAUUGUUGGUCUGGGGAACGUCUGGAGGUUUCCAUACCUUUGCUACAAAAAUGGAGGAGGGGUUUUCUUCAUACCUUAUGUUUUGUUUUUGUUCACCUGUGGCAUCCCACUCUUCUUCCUGGAGACAUCUCUGGGCCAGUACACCAGUCAAGGUGGAAUUACGUGCUGGAGGAAAAUCUGCCCACUUUUUGAAGGUUUAGGUUAUGGAAGUCAGGUGGUUGUUUUGUACACGGGAGUGUAUUACAUCAUCAUACUAGCUUGGGCGUUUCUCUACCUGUUUUCAUCCUUCAGCUCGGAGCUCCCAUGGGCCAGCUGCCGCAACAUCUGGAACACAGCUGGCUGUUUUGAGCAUGGCCACAAUCAAACUGCCUCUCUCAACCUCAACGGAAGUAGCACAUCUUCAGUCGUAGAGUUUUGGGAGAGGAGGAUCCUGGGCCUGUCUGAUGGAAUUGAUAACAUUGGUAAUGUUCGCUGGGACCUGGCCCUUUGUUUACUUCUUGCCUGGACGUUGUGUUACUUCUGUGUCUGGAAUGGAGUGAAGUCAACAGGAAAGGUGGUUUACUUUACUGCCACAUUCCCGUACGUCAUGCUGGUGGUUUUGCUCGUCCGUGGUCUUACAUUACCGGGGGCCAAAGAGGGCAUCAUGUUCUACCUCUACCCAGACCCUUCCCGCCUCACAGACCCAGAGGUAUGGAUGGACGCUGGCAGCCAAAUAUUUUACUCCUACGGAGUUUGCACCGGUGUGCUGACAUCUUUAGGAAGUUACAACAAGUACAGCAACAACUGCUAUAGAGACUGUGUUUACCUCUGCCUGUUGAACAGUUUCACCAGCUUCAUAGCUGGCUUUGCUAUCUUUUCUGUGCUCGGCUUUAUGGCAAAGGAGCAGGGUGUUGAUAUAUCGAUGGUGGCUGAAUCAGGUCCAGGGUUGGCUUUCAUUGCUUAUCCUCGUGCUGUGGCUUUAAUGCCACUUCCCCAGCUCUGGGCGAUUUUCUUCUUCAUUAUGAUCAUCUUUUUAGGAUUAGAUAGUGAGUUUGUCUAUCAAGAGGCAUUGGUCACAACUAUCUCCGACAUGUAUCCUGACUUCUUUCAAGGGAAGGGUCGCCGGAAACUGCUGCUUCUUGCCAUUUCGGUUGGAAGUUUCUUUAUUGGCCUUCUGAUGGUCACAGAGGGAGGCCUUUAUAUCUUCCAGCUGUUUGACUACUAUGCCUGCAGUGGCAUGACACUCCUGCUUUUUGCUGUUCUCCAGUCUGUCUGCAUCGGUUGGGUCUAUGGUGCAGAUCGUCUAUAUGAUAAUGUCAAGGACAUGAUUGGAUAUCGACCCUGGCCUUUUAUGAAAUAUUGUUGGCAGUACUUCACACCAGCUAUCUGUACUUGCACAUUUCUCUUCGCCUUGAUCAAAUAUACUCCACUGAAAUUCAACAACACUUAUGAAUACCCCUGGUGGGGCUACGCCAUUGGAGGAUUCUUCACUCUCUCUUCAACACUCAUGAUUCCUCUGUGGAUGCUUUAUUCUGUGAGCGUCACUCCAGGAACACUGAGACAGAGAGUGAAAAUUCUGUGCACUCCAGCAAAAGACUUACCAACUGCAACGGGGAAGAAAGCAUUAAACAAAGAAGCAUUUCAGACUUUUACGGACUUAUACACACUCUCCACGACAGAGAGCCAUCAUGACAAAAGUCACAGAUCAUCCGUCGUAUAAACUGCAAGAAAAAAGUACUCAAAUGGAACAGGAAGAUCCAGACCAGUUUCACUUAACAGGGAAAAUUGCCAAAACACAGACCAAACAAACAAACAUAAUACAGUUUAUGGAUAAAUACACAUCCCAACAUAUUACAGUGUUCUUUCAGGCUGUGAAUGUAGAUAUAAAACUUAUUGUACAUACAUGUAAUUACUAUUUCUUUUGCGUAGUCAAUAUAUUUCAGAUGCUUUUGUAAAUCACACUGGGAUACAUUUGGAAGAGUGUUUAUUAAACAACUACAGUGUGACAUUAUUAUUGUUACAGGGGAAUAAAACAAGUCUGGGAGAAGGGGCGCAAGAAACUACAAAAUAGUUUAAUGCGUGGUUUUAUCUAUUUCCGGUAGGCAUUGUAUUAAAAUUAAAUACCUGAAUCCUAUGAAAUUGUCAGUUAUGAUAAAAUCUUUAUUGGGUGGCAAACGAAGCUGGAAAACUGGUAAUGAUAUUAACAAUAACAGCACAAUUAACACACUACUAAGAUGGUUUUGUAUCAUUUAAUAUGGAGAAUGUUAGAAUGUUUAAUACUGAACUUUUAGGCACAUUAUUAUUGUUUUUGUAGCUGUUCGAGAAUCAAUAAGAAGCCUGGGAAGAUUAAGGCAUUCAACAGAAAUUUGCAGUUCUUGUUUGUAAAUUAGCUUUGUACUUGCUCCAAAAGGAAAAUAGGUAUAUAAAAUACAGUAUAGAGAUAAAAAAAGAUUGCUGGCUUAGUACAGCAGUUUACAUAUAGUAGAACAGACCACACCUGUGUGCCUUUAACACCUGAAACUGAGGGGAAACUUGGUAUGCAGACUGUAAUUCAACACAUUGCAUGUUUCAAGCUUUUCUCAUUGAAAUUACAGAGAAACCUAAAACGUCCCUGUUUACACCUUAAUUUACGGGUAAGUACACAUUGUGUGGGCUGCAACAUAAAACUUGUGUACAAGGUAACAUCUCAUCAAAUAGACAUUAGCUGGUAAUAAGAACAUUUGAAAAGCAAGUUUAAUCAUAUAUUUCAGCAACAAGAAAAAAUAAAAAUGCUUUACAUAAAACAAAAGCAUCAAGACCAAGUGCAAUAUCAUCAAUAUAAAAGGACAUUUGAAACUUAACUUAAGCUUAACAAUGUAAAACUGGCAUUACAGAGCCAGGAGAAUAGAAAUAAGAACAAGUUAAAGUAGAAUAAAAAAAGAAAAACAUGAAUAAGAGUUACAGUGCAUUGUUAAGUUAAUAAUCGCACUAGUUCACAUGAAAUCUUUAGCCUUGAUCUAAAGAUGAUCUAAGAGUUACAGCUUGGUAUGGUUUUUAAUGUUAUAGUUAUAGUUGUAGUAUUGUGGCUUUAGUUAUUUUUACUUUAUUUUCACAAUUAACACAAAGAAGAGCUCACUGCACACACACUGAACAACUAAAGAGAAACUACUUUAUAAAGAGUUUCCUGACAUUGUUGACUCUCAGUUUCCCUGGUUUCAGGUGUUAGUCACAAGAAAGCCCAACAUCAUAUUUUAAAUUACUUAUUUUCAAAUUAAUUUCAAAGAACACUCUGAACAAAAUCUGAAAAACAUGACAAAGGACUCUCAUUUGAAUUUCCAUAAACAGUGACUGCCAUCAUGUGUCUGGCUGUUUCACUUCUUCUUGCCUAAUAACUAAGCUUCUUUUUAAAAUCAAUAAUAAUAAUAAUAAUAAUAAUAAUAAUAAUGGUAUUUUAUAGCCACAGUAUAUUAAGAAUACACCUCUUCCCCCAGACUUGUUGUUUCCCUCUAUACCCACAUGCUCCAUAUUUAAACAUUUCUUACAGUGUACUUUUUUUGCUUAAUGUGCAAUAAUGAUUUUGGUAAAGUA